AUGCUCUCAGCUGUCCAUCUGGCUAUUCUAGUGGGAUUGGGGACUCAUGCUACAAGGUUUUCACAAAUCCCAGCUCUUAUUUUGACGCUUCAGUUCAAUGUUCAAACGAUGGUGACUAAUACACUGAUCACUGAUCUAGCCGAAAAAGCUGAUUAUUAUCUUAUUUGGAUUGGUCUGAGAUGUCCCGAUACGAAUGCGAAAAAUUGUAGUUGGGCAGAUUGCCAAGGAGCACCAGAUCAGUACGACGCAUUUCAUCCAAGCGAACCUAGUGGAUUAGGCAAAUGUGUGUCGAUAUAUCAUGGCCAGUGGUUCACAGAACACUGUGAUUCCAAGUUUGGAUUCGCUUGUGAAUUGGAAGCAAAAGCAUCCUGUGGUGAUUACGACAACUAUGGCGGUUAUUGCUACAAGGCCUACAAUCAACCUCUGUCGCAGAAUGAUGCAGAAUCCCAGUGUCAAAACGAAUGCGGGCACCUUGUAUCUAUCCAUAGUGCAGAUGAAAAUCAAAUGAUUUUGGAUACAUACACUGGCAAUGUGAAUUAUGUUCGAGUUGGGUUGCAGGCAAGCGGCAAAACUUUUGUUUGGUCGGAUAAUACCACUUUCGACUACAACAACAUAGGAUACAGCAGCUCAACCAUUGGCGACUGUAUGGCACUGUCAGCUGUAGAUGAAGUGAUCCCUCGCGGAAAAUGGAUAUCCGUCUCCUGUGCACAGCGAUUACCAUUUAUCUGCAAAAGAGAAAGUGAGUGCUAUGAGUCUACAACUCCUGGUGCAACAACACCUGCGACCCUAGCUCCUUCAACCUGCGAUUCCCCUUAUUUCAUGGAUCAGAACGGAACCUUUUACUCGCCUGGUUUUCCGAACUCCUACAGUAACUCCAAAGCAUGUUAUUAUAUUCUCACAAUCGAACAAGGAGAAGUAGUACAGCUCCACUUUGUUAAUCUCCAGCUCAGCCAAGGUAGCAGCAUCGAACUAUUUAACUCGAUCACUGAUUCCACACCAUUUUUGAAUAUAACAACAAAUGUUCCAUCUUCUCAAUAUUUCACAUCAACAUCAAAUGUGAUGAAGAUGGUCUUUGUAGCUGGUAAUGAUGCUGUUGGUAUCAACAGAUGGGAGGCGAAUUUUUCUCCAAAGGAGAAUGAUGUUUUGAUAAUUGAAAGUCAAAAGAGAACGGUGUUGGGUAGUCAAAAUACUGCCAUAAUGCCUCAGGCUGUUUUCAGAGUGCCCGUGCCAGCGCCGUUACAGCGCCGUGAAAGAACGCCGAUCAAUAUGGAGCAGAGCUGGAACGGGGCUGGCACUCGGCGCAGGGACACCUUUUAA